AUGGCGUCUUUGAGCCCGAGGAAGACGCUUACGAAUUCACCGUCUUCUUCAGGACGACCACCACAGGCGGUGAAGGUUUCUCGCCGGACGUCAAGUGGACGAUUCGUAAGUCUAUCUCGCGACGACGAUUUAGACAUGUCAGGCGACUAUUCCGGUCAGACUGAUUACAUAAACUACACCGUUUUAAUGCCUCCGACGCCUGAUAAUCAGCCAGGCGGAGGAACAGGUUCAGAUUCCAAAUCGGACGGUACUGCUACGACUCGAUUCGGAUCUGAGGCUCGAGGAUUGAUUAGGCGAGUCGGAGAUUCGGAUCCGAACGGCGGAGGCGGCGAUGGUGAUGCCGCGAAAGAUAGGAGAAUGUCGGUGAUGAAAUCGUCGAACAAUAAAUCGAUGCUGUUGCGAAGCCAAACGUCUGAUUUCGAUCACAACCGCUGGUUGUUCGAAACAAAAGGAAGAUACGGAAUCGGAAAUGCGUACUGGCAGGAUGGAGAACAGGAUCAAGGCUAUGUUUCGGAAGGGAUGAGCAUGGCGGAUUUCAUGGACAAUCCAUGGAGGCCGCUCACGAGGAAAGUUAAAGUCCCGCCAGCUAUUCUGAGCCCCUACAGGCUCUUGGUGUUCAUUCGAAUGGUAGUAUUGGCGUUCUUUCUUGCAUGGCGAAUCCGAAACCCAAACCCUGACGCAGUGUGGCUAUGGGGAAUGUCUAUUGUUUGUGAGGUGUGGUUUGCUUUCUCAUGGCUUUUGGAUAUUCUUCCAAAGCUCAACCCUAUAAACCGAGCCACCGACCUUGCUGUGCUUCGAGAAAAGUUCGAUAAGCCGACUCCGACCAACCCGUCUGGGCGGUCCGACCUUCCUGGAGUCGACGUGUUUGUGUCAACCGCCGACCCGGAGAAAGAACCGCCGCUCGUCACGGCUAACACUAUUCUCUCAAUCUUGGCCGUUGAUUACCCUGUGGAAAAGCUGUCGUGCUACAUUUCGGACGAUGGUGGCGCCAUACUUUCGUUUGAAGCCAUGGCGGAGGCUGUUAGGUUUGCGGAGGUAUGGGUACCGUUUUGCCGAAAGCACAACAUAGAACCCAGAAAUCCAGACAGUUACUUCAACAUAAAAACGGAUCCAACCAAGAACAAGAAGCGGCGGGAUUUUGUGAAAGACCGCCGGUGGAUAAAGAGAGAGUACGACGAGUUUAAGGUCAGAAUCAACGGGCUACCGGAAGGCAUUAAAAAGAGGAGUGAUAUGUACAACUCCAGGGAGGAGGCCAAGGAGAAAAAACUGGCUCGAGAUAAGAACGGCGGCGAGACACCGGCCGAGCCGGUCAAGGUCACCAAGGCCACCUGGAUGGCCGACGGCACCCACUGGCCUGGAACUUGGCUUAAUGCAACCGCCGACCACUCCAAGGGCGACCACGCUGGCAUUUUGCAG